GAUUAUAUGACAGUAUUUGUUAGACAGAUUGUCGCUUUAUCUUUCAAGUUAUAAAUUAACUUAUUUUGUUGGAUUUUCUCAGUAUGCGGCGUAUCCGUUACGCAAAGUACUAUAGGUUAGAAACGUGGUUAUUCGAUAUGAAUAUUAAGCUUAAAAAAGUCAUUCUCGAGUCGGUUUGAUUUGCAUUGUUGGAAAAAGGUGCAUAAAACACACUUGUGACGAAAUACUACAUGUCCUCAAAAGAUGCAGUGCAUGCUGGUUAGUGAGUCAGGAGCCAGUGUGCCGCUGGCUGAUGGUCGGGCGUUAAUUUUAGGCCGUGGUCCGGACUCCAGGGUGUCCGACAAGAAGUGCUCCAGACACCAGGUUAAGCUGGUGGCCCGUUAUGAAGAACAGUCAGUGACUGUAACACAGCUUGGUCCAAACCCCUCCUCCCUGGACACCCAUGCCCUGGGUAGGGGGAAUUCUGGGUGCCUGACAAAAGGAGUGACACUCUACCUCGUCAAUCAAAGUUACCCCUUCACCCUGCGUUUCUCCGGCAGCCCCAAUGGAAGUUCCUCGCCUGUAACUCCAAAGGGAAAAGGGAAGAUGAGCAAGCAGCGACCUCACAGAGAGGGCCAAAAGCGCAGUAUCCGAGAUUUCUUUAGUCCUUCUCCCAAAAAGAGUGUCAAGAGGCCUUCCAGCCAAGAUGACGACUUUAGCGCUAAGCGAACGCGGAAGACCGAGCUGUCCAGUGGGGAGGAGGAUGCCGAAAGCCUCAUUGAAGAGAAGCUGAAGAGGCUACAGGAGAUAGCAGAAAGUGCGAGCACCUGCCACAGCACUGCGGACAUAGCAGCAUCUGCCUCGCCCUGCUCCCGCGACCAAUGGGAACAGAUUGGACACCUAAUGCUCUUCACUGCUAAGGGGGUUAUUGGUAGGAAAAAGAUUGCAGGGUUCGAUCUUGAUGGCUGCAUCAUCACCACCAAGUCAGGCAAAGUGUUUCCAAUGAGCCCAGAUGACUGGAGAAUUCUGUACCCUGAGAUUAAGCCCAAAUUAGCUAAUCUAAUAAAGGACGGCUAUAAGGUGGUGUUUUUCACCAAUCAGCUGGGCAUCGCCAGGGGCAAGCAGAGGCCUGAGGUGUUCAAGUCCAAAGUAGAGGAUGUGCUGAGCAUGCUGGAGCUGCCAGUUCAGGUGUUUGUAGCGGCUGGCCCUGGGAUUUAUAGGAAGCCAGUAUUGGGAAUGUGGGACCACCUGUGUAAACAGGCCAAUGAUGGCAUAACUGUUGAGAAAGCCCAGAGCUUCUACGUUGGAGAUGCCGCUGGUCGACCAGCCAACUGGGCACCAGGCAAAAAAAAGAAAGAUUUCUCCUGCAGUGACAGGCUGUUUGCCCUGAACAUCGGGUUGCAGUUUCACACUCCAGAGGAGUUUUUCCUGGGCUGGAAGGUCGCCCCCUACAGCUCGCCUCCUUACGACCCGAGGGCGUGUGACCCGAACGGCCGGCUGUACGACCCACCUGACGCCACACUCGCUUCUCCUCAGCAGGAAGUGAUCGUCGCUGUUGGUUUCCCUGCUUCUGGGAAGUCCACGUUCUUCCAGAAACACAUCAUACCACAGGGCUAUGUAUAUGUGAACAGGGACACGUUGGGGUCGUGGCAGAACUGCGUCUUAGCCUGUGAGCGUGCGCUGAAGGAGGGCCGCAGUGUCGCCGUGGACAACACCAACCCUGACCCCGAAUCCCGCAAACGGUACGUGGACGUCUGCCAGAAGAUGGGAGUGGCCUGUCGUUGCUUCCUUUUCUCGGCCACCUUGGAACAGGCCAAGCACAACAACAGGUUCCGUGAGAUGAUGCCGUCCGAGCAGAAACACGUCACUGUGAAUGACAUGAUCUUUCACAGCUACAAGAACAAAUUUGUUGCACCAAGUCUAUCUGAGGGGUUUUCUGAGAUCUUGCAAAUACACUUUGUCCCGAGUUUCCCGGACAGCAAAUCGGAGGCUCUCUAUAGGCAGUUUUCUGAAGGGUGAUUGGUGCAUAUUUUUAUUGUUCCACCCAAUAGAAAGAGUGACUCCGGGCACUGAACACUACCUCCUCCAGCUAGUCAGUCUUUUAGUAUUUAGAAUAGGACUCCCUUUAUAAAGAGAGAAGGCUGCAUUGUUAAAGCUUUCAGUGCAGGAAUAGUGGAUAAAUCAAAUAGAAAAAUUGCAUGAAUUCUAUCACUUUUUAGAUUCCCGAAAUUACUUUGGGGGGGAAAAGACAGUCCAUCUGUCUUUUGUUGUAAGAUGUAAUAAAUUUGCCUUUCAGCAAUAUUUUGUUAAUUCUCUGGUUCAUACUUUCCCUGUCAUAUGAGGCUGUAGCAAGCAGAACAUUUUCAAUGAAAUGGCAAAAGAGAGACAAGGGGACUGAGCGUCUGCUGUUUGCAUGGUUUGGAAUCUGGAGGAUAUUCCUCAUGCUUUACACUUCAUCCUACAUGAUUCUCUUUAUAUUAUUCUGAGCCAGCAGUUGUUGGCCAGACCAGUGCAUGUAAAGUGAUUUGUGAUUUGCCCUUUGUACCGCGUUGCUUAGAAAGGACGUUCGUUGGUGGACAUUUGCAGCAAGUAUGGAAUUUGUGAAGGAAAAUAAUUGUAUUGCCAAAGGUAUUUUCCCCUUGUAUGAGGCGAAUGCUUGCCUGUAGAUGUGAAAGCAGUUUGUCAUGCUGUCCAGGGAGAAACCCAUCAGGCAAAACAGAAAAUAUAUAUUUUUUCCUUUCAUUUCUUGCCAUUUUAUUGCUUUAGAAAAAAAAUUGAACAUAUACAUACUGGUAGCUAUUACAUAGUUUGUUUUAUUAUUUUAAUUUGCAUUCAUGUCUAGCUAGUUUCUGAGCAAGGUAUUGAUACUCAGAGUACUUGUGCUUGAGAAAUCAGUUCACUGACUGGUCUUAGCUGAGUAAUGCUUUUUUCCUCUGGUAGAUAAAAAUGUUUCUCAUAGACUGCUGCAGGAAACAGUGUUUUAACUAUAAUAUGAAAUAUAUAUGAUUGACUUUGACCUUGAUUUUUAUCUAUGGCUUCAUGUUCUUCCCGGUGAAACUUGAAGUAGCAGUGAUCUGGGAUUUAAGCAAUGCAUCAAAACAGUAUGAAUGAAACUACAGGUGUGAUCUGUGUGGUCCCAUCGGAGUUACAGGAAAUGUACCAUGUUUCCUUAUUUUUAGUGGUAUGGAUUUUUAAAUGCUGAUUAUGAUUGAAAUUGCAUACUAGUGUCUAAGUGUUUUACAUUAGUUACAAUUGGUUUCUGGGGUAAAUAUGUGUUCCGGAAACAAACAUCAUUUUCUGAUCUUUUGGAUCAGUGCCACAAUGGAAUUCUUUGGAUGGCAGCUAAUGAUUUGGAUAAUCCUUAAACAGUGAGACGCAAAUGAUUUUCUGAGUUCAGCAUGAGCGCCUUCAUCAUCGUCAUUAUCACAUCCAUGUCGUGAGACUGGGUGAAGAACCAUGGCAGGUUGAGGAUAUGGGACUAGGAGGCAGUGGAAACCUCUGUAGUACUGCUGCUGGUUGUCUCAGAGCCAUCUUCUACCCUUUUGCCAAAAAGUUGCAGGAUGCAGUUACGAAACUAUAACAAGUGGAGAUGAGAAGAACGAACAUGGACAAAUUAUUCAUUUCAAUCAAUUCAUUUUCCCUAAGAACGAUGAAAGAAAUUACUGCUUAAAUCUCCCAUUAAGAUUUUUUUUUUGCAUAUGCAAGUCAAUCAGUGGGUAUUUGUAUUUGGAAACCUGCCUCAGUUCGUAUUAGACUUUGAGGAAGUGAGCAAGACGAGUGUAAAUUAUAAUUGGUGAAGUUUGACCUGUUUUUCAGACUGACCUGUCUGUUCAUGAAGACAUAAAUGAUUGGGUUGUAGAUGGUGGCGCCCUUGGCAAAGUAGGCUGGUAACGAUGCGGCCAGUGGGUGCCAGGCGUAGCCCGGGUUACAGGCGGAGAAGGUGGCGAAAGAGGCGUAGGGCCCCCAGCAGAUGACGAAGGCCACGACCAUGACGAUCACCAUUCUGGUGACCUCCUUCUCCGCUUUCUGCGUAGACUCCGAGUCCUUCUGCUGCUGGGCCACCUUUGGUGCACCAAAGUGGAGGAAAAGAUGAUUUUUUCCGCAGCACUGAAAUUAGUUGUUUUUUGGGGGGGGUUUUUAUCUAUGAAUACCACACAACCGUGUCCACCUUUCGAUCCCCUAUGUUACAGAUUCACUCGUAACGCAUAACUGCUGAUAAAAAUCAUACGGUAGAAAAUUACAAAUUUGAAGAACCUCGUAAAUGUAGAUUCGGUAUCACUAGCAUUUUCAGGCGAUAUACAGGACUGUGCAAAAGUGGUAGGCAAAGAAAAUGAUGUUUAAAUGAUCAUGUUGUUGGUCUAAAACUAUGAUUUAUGUCAAAGUGUGUCAGCUUAGCCAUUUCAAAACCUCUCCUAAAGUCACCGCAGGAUUUGAAGCAACCAUGAAAUGCGCCAAUACAUAUUUUUUGACUUAACCACUAGCACACCUUGUAUGGCUAAUCAAGACCUGUUUUUUAAAACUAGUUAAAUGAGCUGGUGGUGAAAUUUUACAAAUACAUGGAACAGCUGAGGUGCUCCCAAGGAGAGCUUUGGGAACUGAAGCAGUGAUCAUCUAGCCAUCCAAAAAGUUGUAACUAUUUAGAGAAAAGAAAUUUUUCAAAGUUAAAUUACGUAUGUUCUAAUGUUACUUUUUUUUCCCUGAACAAACAUAUGCCUACUACACAGAUAAACAACUUUAAACAUUCUUUGUCAAGGUCUCAUGCCUACUACUGUUUUGUCUUAUUUUGUCUUCUUAUUCCUGCUUGCUAUCAAUUGUCCAUUGGUUAUUGCUGGUUCAGUGCUGUUGUAUUUGUCGAUUUAGACUACAGUAAAGACAAAUUCGCUUCAUCAGUUACAA